AGCUGUGAGGACAGGGUGUCAGGAAAUGACAGAAAACCUGCUGAAUACGGAACUGAAGCAGCAGCUCAGUUUCUUGCUCUGAAGUGGCAGUAGAGAGGGGAGCCCAGUGGACGUGAAGAGCUGGGCGCUUAGAGCAGACACUUGGCUACUGGAGAUGUGGAAGUCUGUAGUAGGGCAUGAUGUAUCUGUUUCUGUGGAGACCCAGGGUGAUGAUUGGGACACAGACCCUGACUUUGUGAAUGACAUCUCUGAAAAGGAGCAACGGUGGGGAGCCAAGACCAUUGAAGGCUCUGGACGUGCAGAACAUAUCAAUAUCCACCAGCUGAGGAACAAAGUGUCAGAGGAGCAUGAUAUUCUCAAGAAGAAGGAGAUGGACUCAGGGCCCAAAGCAUCCCAUGGGUAUGGAGGUCGGUUUGGGGUGGAGAGAGACCGAAUGGACAAGAGUGCCGUGGGCCAUGAAUAUGUUGCUGAGGUGGAGAAGCACUCUUCUCAGACUGAUGCUGCCAGAGGCUUUGGAGGCAAAUAUGGAGUUGAGAAGGACAGGGCAGACAAGUCGGCAGUUGGCUUUGAUUACAAAGGAGAAGUGGAGAAGCAUGCAUCUCAGAAAGAUUACUCUCAUGGCUUUGGAGGCCGUUAUGGGAUAGAGAAGGAUAAACGGGACAAAGCAGCUCUGGGAUAUGACUACAAGGGAGAGACAGAGAAACAUGAGUCCCAGAGAGAUUAUGCCAAGGGCUUUGGUGGUCAGUAUGGAAUCCAGAAGGACCGAGUGGAUAAGAGUGCUGUUGGCUUCAAUGAAAUGGAGGCUCCAACUACAGCUUAUAAAAAGACGACACCCAUAGAGGCUGCUUCUAGUGGUGCUCGUGGGUUGAAGGCAAAAUUUGAGUCCAUGGCUGAGGAGAAGAGGAAGCGGGAGGAAGAAGAAAAGGCACAGCAGAUAGCCAGGCAGCAACAGGAGAGAAAGGCCCUGGUAAAGAUGAGCCAUGAGGCUAAGCAGCCAGUAGACACUGUGGGAGAGCCAGAGGUGCCAGCCCCAUUGCCCAAGAAAAUCUCUUCAGAGGCCUGGCCUCCAGCAGGGACCUGUCCACCAUCAGAGCCUGGACCUGUGAGAACCAGUAGGGAACACCCAGUGCCUACCCUGCCCCUGAGGCAGAAUCCCUCAGAGGAUGAGGAGCCCCCAGCCCUGCCUCCCAGGACUCUGGAAGGCCUGCAGCUGGAGGAAGAGCCAGUGUAUGAAGUAGAGCCUGAGCCUGAACCUGAGCCUGAGCCUGAGCCUGAGCCUCAGCCCAAGUCUGAGCCUGAGCCUGAGACUGAGCCUGAGACUGAGAAUGACUAUGAGGAUAUUGGAGACAUGGACAGAUGUGAGCAGGAUGGUGAACCAGACGGGGACUAUGAGGAUGUACUCGAACCUGAGAAUCCUUCUUUUGCCUCCACUAUGGCUGAAUCAUCUGGCUACCCAGCUGGGGCUGGAGCAGGGAUCUCAGCGAUAGCCCUGUAUGAUUACCAAGGAGAGGGAAGUGACGAGAUUUCCUUUGAUCCUGAUGACAUCAUCACUGACAUUGAGAUGGUGGAUGAGGGCUGGUGGCGGGGACGUUGCCAUGGCCACUUUGGACUCUUUCCUGCAAAUUAUGUCAAGCUCCUCCAGUAACUGGCUCUCCCUGUCUCCUCUACCGUGACUUCCCAAGUCCAAAGUGUUUCUGCCUUCACCCCCACUCUAUUCUUACUGCAAGUAUAAGUUGCACUGAGUUCUAGAGACGAGUUGCCUGAGAUUCUAGAGAGACUUUCCUCUCCCUCUCCACUAGGGGUUGGGACAGAGACAGCAUGAGGAAGGGGUCUUCUUCCCCUCAGUGUCCUUUCUACCCUAGAUGUGCUCACGGACAUACAUUCAUCUUAUGAUCCUGUCUCCUUCCUCAUGAAUACUCCCUCAAAUACCCCAAGUUCUGCCUUCCUCUGUUUGUGAGCUCUGAGCUUCCUGGUUUGCUUACAUGGAAAGGUAUGUCUAGAUUGUCUGAUUUGCCUGGCUAUACUGUUUGCCCACUUUCCUUUUCUGCAGAGAUUUUUUUUUAACCUUCUGUCUGCUCAAUCUUAAAUCAGAAAUAAAGUGGGACUGUGGUUCAUUUGUA